AAAAAUAUUAAAACAAUCAGAUUCAGCAACAAACUUAAUUAUAAGAAGUUAGAAUUCUUCAAAAUCUUGCAACAGAUUUUCUCAGUUAAUUACAAGUUAGUAUUAUCUUAUAAGAUGAGAAUAUACUUAGUUUUUUAUAUUUUAUUGCUGAAACUAGCAGUAUAG